AGAACUCAUGCAGCAUUCUUGGAAGAGAUACUUUCGGCACCCAGCACGGCAGAGCAAGGGGUUCUUGAGCAAAAGGUGUCCUUUUUGCAGGAAAAGCCCUCUGCUGUUUUCUCAGAGGGAAAUGAACUGGAGGACUCUCCUUCCAGAAUGUUCAGUGAAACAGCGAUUUCUGUGUCUUCGGAAACCAGCAGCCAGAGAUCUGAAUUGCUCGCAGAGCACCAUGGAGUUUCAGAAAGAGUUAUCUCUAGGCCAGUCAUCUCUCCUCCCUACACUGACUCUGCUCUUCAGCCUUUGUCUUUGCAACUCAGUAGCCUUGAAAACAUGGUACAGCCGAACGAGGAGCACAUGUUGCAGCUUACUGAGGGAGACCUUGGUGGUGAAGAGGCAGAGGAGGCAGCCCAGCUGGUUGUGUUGGACCCAGAACAUCCCUUGAUGAAAAGAUUUCAAGCUGCUUUAAAGACUUACCUCAAUAAGCAGAUAGCAAAGCUGAAUGACGAACUCCUAGAGCUGGCUGUGGGCACAAAGAAUAGAAAGUUGCAGAGGGAGGAACUUGGUGUGAUCCUCUAUGGGGUCCAGCAACAAUUGGCCCGGCUGCAAAUGGAACUGGAGAAGAACCACAGUUGCCACUCUCAGAUUGCCAUGGCACGCCGGCAGCUGGAGGAAGAGCUGCACGACCUGAGGAGCACAUACAAAAAGACUUGCCAGAGUGCUGAGGAGGAACGCAAAAGAGUGGCCUCCAUGCAGACCGAGAUGGAAAGUCUGUCACUGCGUCUGUUCUACAUGCAGAAUAUGGACCAAGAUGUUCGUGAUGAUAUUGCUGUGAUGAAGAGAACGGUGAAGAAGGCUGAAGUGGAGAGGAUGCGUGCAGAGGUGGAAAAGCAAAAACAGGACCUUCAUGUUGACCGCUUAACUCGGAGGGCCAACGAACUGCAGGAGCAGAUUGCACUCUAUGAAGCUCAGCACAUGGCCCAGGGGGAAGACACCAGAAUCAUUCGACAAGAAGUAGGAGAGGCAAGUACGGAAAUACAAGCAAUUCACCUGGAGAAAAAGCAGCUUCUGCAUCAAUGGACUGUCAGCUUGACUGGGAUGAAACGCCGUGAUGAGGCGUAUGCUGCCAUGCAGGAAGCGCUGAGAGAAUCCAGGCACAAGCUCAAGUCUUUAGAGGUCGAGAUUGAAGUCUACAAGAAGUCCAUCAUCAAGGAGGAGGAGAGAAAUGAGCUGUUGGCUACUAUCCUGAAUCGCUCAGAGAAUGAUGCGAACACCACCAGAAAGCUGAUAACCCAGAGCUUGUCUAAACAGGAUGCCAUGAAAGUGGAAUUUGGCACCUACACUCGUACCCUUCAUGAAACAGAGGAAGCCCUCAAUCGGGCUAAUAUGGAUCGAGCUGCUCGCAUGAAUGAGUUGGUGAUUCUUCGCAGAGAGCUAGAGAGAGGAUCACAAACCAAGCAGGACCUGGAGAAUGAGAUCAUGGCUAAGCUUCAAAAUCAGCUGAUAUCUAACAAAGCAGCAAAAUACUAUAUGCAGCUAGCUGCUAAGCUUCAAAACACAUUGACGAGUUUCGAGAUACAGCUCACCAGAGUUGAGAAUGAGACAGCCCAAACUUCACUGGAUAUAACAAACACCAACUGCAAACUAAAUAUGCUCCAGAAGACCCUCUCGGAACUGGACAAAGAGAUGGACAAUCUAAACAAUCAGAUCAGUCAUAGUGAGACUGAGAUUGCCAAGCAUAACCUCAUAAUUGGGCGCAAACAGGGGAUCAUUAACCUGUACAACAAAAAAAUGGAAAUAAUUAUUUCUCAGCUGGGGGGACAAGAACUGGGGCCCUUGGAAAUUGAAAUCAGGAAACUUGGAAAGCACAUAGACGAAACUGACUUGGAGGUGGUGAAGCUACAGAGAGAAUGGUUGAAACAGCAGAGGGAGUUAGUGAAACUUACACAGGAGCGAGAAGAGCAGCUUCUUUCCUUGGAUAUGGUAAAGAAAGAGAUCACAAUCAAGGAACAAAAGAAAAUGCGCACAGAGAAUGAAAUCCAACAGGAGAAAAAUGAGCUGAAGGACAUUGAGCGUCACAUGAAGAAUAUGGCAAAUGAUUUGGUGAAGCUACAUUUAUUGAUCAAUAAGAACAGUGAGAAUUCAGCAGAGUUGCAGCAGGGCAAUACCAUCAUGGAAAAUGAGUUUGUGCGCUCUCUCAAGGUAUCAGAGAGAGAAUCAAUUGAGUUGCAAGAGAAACUGGACCAACUCCAUGAGGAAAAAGAGAGACUGCUCAACAGCCUAGUGGAGGCAGAAUGUCAGAUGAUGCAAUGGGAAAAGAAAAUACAGUUGGCGAAAGAAAUGCGUGCUGCAGUGGACUCGGAGACUGGGCAGGGUGAGAUCCGAGCCAUGAAGACUGAAAUUCACAGGAUGCAGGUAAGGUACCAGCAGCUGAUGAAGCAGCAGGAGAAGCUAAUGCGGGAUAUGGAGGCAGCUGUUGCCCGCAGAGAGACCAUUGUGAUUCGCGGAGAGGGCCAGAGUAAAUUGAAUAAGCAAGUGCUCACCAAGGGUGAUUUCCACUACAAGAAGCUGGAACUAAUGAAAAAGAUCAAAGAGACUCAGAAGAAUGCAGAGGAGUGCAACAAAACUAUAACCCAGCUUGAAAAUUCACAGAGAAACAUCAGCAAUGCACUUCUGGAGAAGCAGAAACAAAUCUCCCUCUUGACUGGUGAGAUGGAUGACCUUGAACUAGAACUGGAUCACUUGCAGGCAAAGAAACGGCAGAACCUUUCAGAUAUUGUGGCCCACCAGACACGUAUAAAGCACAUGCAGGCAGUGAAGGAAGGGAGAUACAAUCCAAUAUGCCGUACUGAGAUUAUGAUACGCGUUGAGCGGCAGAAGCUGGAGGAGCGACUGCAUGCCAUUAAUGUCAUUCUCCAUCAGAUUCAGCAGGAAUAUCCUCAACACCAAAGGACAUUGCGGAGGCUCAUCCAAAUCCUAAGCAACAGGCUGGAUGCAUAAGCAGCACAGUAGCAGGGAGCGGGGAAUUUAGAACCAAAACAUUUACAUUUUAGACAUUUCAUAAAUAAAUAUCUUUUUGAAAAUGAAUGUAACAUGAUUGCCUGACCUUUAGUCUGCAGAAGCAAAACAGGAAAGAGGAACUCAGUGUGGGGAUAAACGUGCUGACCAUCAGCUCGGAAGUGGCAUACACUUUUAUGUUUGCUGUUACCUCUGAUUUUGCCUUCUGUCUCUAAACAGAAGGACCAAUUUACUAUAUGUCAAUUUAAGACACAAUCUUAUAUGAAUUUAGAUAGAAAAAAGGCCUACAAAUCCCAAUAUGAUUCAGCCAGCUGGAAGUGGUAGUCCUCUUCUUUGUUUAAACUUGCAAAGGUUUGCACCCUUAGAGAAGAAUAAAAACAAAAGAUCUGUCAUUAGUUUCUCUUUCACAUAGAAUCCAUGAGGUGUCUCACACUCCCCCACAGAAUAUGCAUACAUACAUACCAGCAAGGAAUUUAGGAAAGGACUUUCAAAUCCAUAAGUUGUAUCCUAUAUUGUCGUGCCACUGUGCUCCCACUGCUUCUUGUACCAGUGAGGCCUACAACCAGGGCAAAAGGAAGCAGGCACUUCAUAAAGCAACUCAGGAAAUGCCAGUUAAUGGAAUAGGACAAAUCAUAGAACUCCCUUCUGUGAGUUCUGCAGACCAGCUGCAUUCCAGAAAGAAAACCUACUUCUUGUUUCCAUGUUCUUACUGACCUGCUAGCUUCUUGUUGCACGUAGCAGUAGGUUCUGCUAGCACACACACGGCACUGGAUACUGUCCAAAGGGUAUAACUUUAAGGUAAGUUUAAUAUCCAGCAGUUUCAGUUUUGAUAUUAAAUAAUGUAGACAUAAUGCAUAUGGAAGAGAACAUAUAAGAGAAUGCAC